GGUUGAUUCGAUCACCACCGCCCCGAAGCAACUGUUCGCCGCGCAGAGCCACCUCGUUCAGAAUGUCGAUGGGAUCAAGCUGGCAGCAAUUCUCAAGGUCAGUUCCACCUGAGCGUGGAAGCUUCCCCCUCGACUUCCAUGCGCUGUGCAAGGACAAUGCGCUCAAGUACAUGAAGUGCCUGAAGGAAAACCAAGGAAACAGCUCGGCCUGCCGUGAGAUGACCAAGCUCUAUCUUGAAUGCCGCAUGGCAAACAAACUCAUGGACAGAGACAGCCUGGCGAACCUGGGCUUUAGCGAGGAUGUCACCAAGCCAGAUCAGCCCAAGGCAUCAUCAAAAGCACCCUAGAUACAUCCAGUGCAUUCACCACAGUCAAUCAGUCCGAGAUAUCAAAGGGCGCCCCUGCCCUUUUGAGGACGGGCCAGGACUCCUGCGACAUGCGCGAAGCUGCUCCUACCCCUCUCAAAUCCGUAGGCUGCAGCGUCUCGCGGUUGUGCGGUUCUGGAGUCGUGCAACUGUUGCCUGCGGCGGUCGGCGGUCGGCGGUCGGCGGUCGGCAAUAGAAUGCCUGUCGCUGGCUCGCAGCACGAUCUUGAAUACAUCUGUCAAUCCCAAC